CUCAACUCGACACUGGAUUGUGGUCUGUGCGCCGCUCCUCGCCAGGAUACACCCUUCAGGGAAUUCAUGUCAUUACUUGUCGAUUUCAAAAUGGGACUGGAAUUCUCACUUCCGAUCAAACAAGAAAACAGAAGAUUCUUAGAGGACAUCAUUACAAACGACGAUCUUAUUUUCUCCCACUGUAGCCCAACGACUUUUCUUCGUUUGUCACAGUGCUGUCACGCUGCGCAUGCUGCCGUGAAGUCAUACAUGUGCAGAGCAUUCAACAUCGAUCGUAUCCUUUCCCGCUUCUUUAACCCACCGCUCGCAUUUCGUCAACUCCAAGCUCGCACGGGGACUCUCAUAUCCGGCUCAGCUGCUCUCCAGUUUUUCGAUCGAUCAUUUUAUAAGGAGUCCGAUCUGGAUAUCUACGUUCCUAAGAAGUAUCGCGUCGAAGCUGGCGAAUUCUUGUUGAGAUGCGGGUACUCGUUCAUUCCUGGACAGAGACAGGAGGCCACUUUUUACAAGGCGGUCGAGCAGAGGAGGGUGACCGAUGACGCUGGCGCUUAUGCCUUUCGAGGCGUUGCAGCAGUGUUGACGUUUGAGAAACCUGCUGCCAGUGGUUCUGCUGUUAAUCUGAAGGUGCAGCUGAUCGUUGCUGCGAAGAGUCCUAUGGAGAUUAUCCUCAACUUCCACUCCACCUGCGUCAUGAAUGUGAUUUCAUUUGAGAAUGCUUAUAGUCUCUAUCCAAAGGCGACAUUUGAGGCGCGAUCCUCUCUCGUUUGCGCUACGGAUGGUCCUAAACAAGAACCUGCUAUGGAGAAAUACAAGGAGAGAGGUUGGACGAUGGUCAAACAGACCAGCGUCGCAGAACUCAAGGACUUAUUCCACUUCAAAAGGGCAAGUUGCCGAUACAUGGGUGAUAAAUACUGUUGGACCAUCCCUCUCGAUAAGGAUUCAAUAACUGAACUUGUACAGCCUGGGAUUGGAAAGGUCUCUUCUAUGUUGACUCAUGAUCCUGUGGCUGCAAGUAACUGGAAAUUGAUCUAUAAUCCCAUCCUGGGAGGGUCUAUGCAUUUUGACUCAUUAUCUGAGACCCAUUUGGAGCUCAAAUAUGUGUAUGCAUCUGAGCAAAUGGUUUCCCUCUUGUAUUCUGUAACCUCACUCUUUCCCUCCCAUGAAGUCAGAGCAAGAAGGCUGAAAGGGGUGCAGAGGUACUAUGAUGAAGAGUAUAUAUCACUGUGUCUCUUGCAUUUCCAAUUUCAGAGUGGGCUUCAAGCUAUAGUGGAAACAGUGGCUAAGGACUAUAUGCUACCUUCUCACUCUGGUGCUAGGCUCCUUCAGGAUGAUGAUUAAUUCUAGAAUAUCAUAUCAUCUUAAAAGUCUACCAUUCUAGA